CCGUGAAACUUCGCACGCUGUUUCUUUCUUCCCGUCUGUCUCUGCUGUCAUUGGGCAAUUUCAAGUGGCAGCCGGACACACACACACAGACACACACACACACACACAUACACACACACUUGUGUAUAACAAUCUACAUGCACGUAUAAAUGUACAUGGAGAUACAAAAUGUGUAUACAGCACGACAUGCAGACAUACACAUACGCACACGUAGAUCUACACACACUCCGUGAAACGAUAUGAGAGAAAGAGAGAGAGAAAGAGAGAGAGGGUCACAACAAUUGUUGUUGUGAAUGCAAAAGGAGAUCGAGUGUUUGCGAACAUUAACUGAACCAUGAAGGGCAGACGCAUCUUUUAAGAGAGAGACAGGGAGACUUUUUGCAGUACCAACACUCACAGUGUAGGAAGGAGAAGAAGCAUAGUCUCUCGUGGCACCAGUGAACGACAGACAGGCAGGCAGAUGUUCUCGUCUCUUUGUUUAUUCUUAGAACAAAGCCGAGACACUGCUGGUCUCCGAGGAGAAGAAGAAAAAAGAAUCCCAAGAAUCCCAACUUUCUCAUCGUUAGGCCUUGGUUCCUUUCGAUUUAGAAAAGCUUUGUGUAUGGCUACGUUUACAUGACCGCGAAGGACCCGAGUGAGUCUAUUAUGUAAAGACAGACGACUGUGGAUGCGUUGAGCGUGUGAAUCGAGCCUUUCGUGGAUUUCAUUGGCGGGUCUCGUGUUUUGUCAACAUCAACAAACUAGACGUCGAGGGCCACCGAUUCACGUGGAGCUUUUGUCGCUGUUAGAUCUCUGUUGUGCUUCAUUUCCCGCUAGAUCUUGUUUCUCGUCCUCUCAAAGAUUUAUAUUUUACGGUGUUUUGAUUCUAAUUCAAAAACAGUUAUUUCUCGCUAGAUCUUGUAGUAUCCAUUCAACUCACUGACCCUGAUACUCCCAUCGUUUACGCCCAAAAAAGUUUGAUUUUUUACGUUGUUUUUGAUGAUUCUAUAAUCACGGGUGUUCAGAAGUGAGUAUUUAGUUAUCGAAGACGGUACAUAGAUAAUUCGUCGACCCUCCCCCCGCUUUUGUGCAUUGUUCUGGAGUUGUUUGACAAAGGAUGACCGACGAUGAUGAUAUCGGAGAUGGAGACUGCGAUGGGAUCGAUUUUAAAUGGAUGCGCAAUGAUUCGGAUUCCGAGUCGGAGGAGGAGGAUUGGACAGAGAGGGAAGGCACUUUGCCCAAGUUCCCAACCAGAGAGCUGUCGUUGAGGGCGCGUCUGAGGCGUAUUCUUCUCAGGAACCCAACCACACGAAUCAACAUCUCCGUCGUCUACAUCAGCCUCAAGGUUCUGCUGUGUUGUCUCUACGUCGUCCGAGUCUGCUUGGAUGACGUCAAACAGUAUGCCUGCCAUGGAGGACCGUGUAAUGGCACCGUGGAAGAAGACACAGAUGAAGGUUUUACCUCCACCAACAUUAACUGGCAUGUCCUCCUGUGGGUGAACAGACCUCUGCCAUUAUGGGUCGUCCAAAUUCUUCUGUCCGCCAUCACCUUCUUCAAGAGCACACUGCUGGUCUUGAUCACAAUGAAGGGCAAUGUGUUCCUUAAACUGACAUCUCGGGAUUAUGUCCUGGAGGUUCUGUGCAGCCUACCAAUGGUGGUGUCGGUGAGUUUGUGGACGCCACAGUUCCUCAACUGUUGGCUGGCUCUCAUUUCACUCAAGCGGUUGUUGAACGACUUCCACCUCGCCAGACAACGGUUCCAGACAAUGUCAGUGACGCUGUACCAGCAGUCCUGGUUUCUCAUCGCUACCCUGGGAUGUUUGAUUUUCACCACUAUCUGCGGCAUCCAGCACAUCCAACGAGGCAGCCACAAGAAGCCCCUGAACAUGUUCGAGGCCGUGUACUUUGUCAUAGUGACUCUGUCCACCGUGGGCUACGGCGAUAUCUCUCCGGACAUCUGGCUGGGACAGCUAUUCAUGCUUUUCAUGAUCUGUGUGGCCUUCUCCUUCAUCCCCAGGCAGUUCUACACAGUUAUCCUGAUGAGUUCCGAAGAGCUGGAUGACAACAUGCAGUUUAUCCUCAAAGACCCAAAGUGGGCCAACAGAGUCCUCUACAUACGCGGAUCAGCCCUCAAGGAUAUAGACCUCAAGAGAUGCCGGAUCAACAUACAGUGCUGAGGUCCUGGGCGGUAAAAGACUUUGCUCCACACUGUGCCCAAUACAUCCAGCUGUACAAGGCUUCCAACAAAAUACACGUCAAAUUUGCUGAACAUGUGGUCUCCGAAGACGAGUUCAAGUUUGCCUUGCUGGCCAACAACUGCCUGUACCCGGGUCUGUCCACUCUGGUCACUUUGUUACUUCACACCUCCAGAGGACAUGAGGGAAGCUGGGCUCCAGAGACGUGGCAACAGAUUUACGGGCUCCACUCUGGCAACGAGAUCUACCACAUACAGUUGCACCGCAGCAUAUUCUUCCGAGAGUACGAGGGCAAAAAGUUCACCUACGCUUCUCUUGAUGCACAUCAAAAGUAUGGAGUGAACUUGAUAGCAGUUCUCGACACAACAGCCGUUGAUGCACAGCUACAGCUGAACCCAGGCUCGGACUAUGUGAUGAGAGGCACAGACUACUGCUUCUACAUGAGCCUGACCAGAGAGGAGUACAUGAAAGCCAUACCCAAGGCUCUGGAAGCUACUAAAAGCGCCUCUGAAGUACGGAAUAAGAAUAUUGCCAUAAUCGUGAAGGAGAUGAACAAACUGAUGGAGGCCCACGAGGCAGACCAGGAGGAGAUUGACGAGGAGAGCGUGUUCAGCACCAUCACCUCCAACAUUGGUUCCAAUCUCGGCAAGAGUCUGAAGCUGGGUCUGGAGGCCCUACCACUACUGGAGAAAGAGAAUGCCAGAUUUUCCAGCACGGACAGUGGCGGAGGAAACAUGAGUGAGCGAGUCGAAUCGUUCGACCGUGUUCAAGGUGCCACCAACUAUCCCUCGAAAAUUGUACAACAAAUGAUUGAUUUCGAUCAGGAAAGUUUCACCAUUGGACCACCACCGAGCACACUCAAUCUGGGAACAAGACGCACACUCUGCCACCUACACAAGGACUCACGGUCACUUUGCUGCUUAGAAUGGGGCAAGCCGUGCGAGCACUGCCAGUACAAAGUGGCCUCAGACAAACGCUGGGACCACCAGCUGGUCAUCCUGUCUGUGCGGCGCUCGUGCCCCGGCCUCUACAACUUCAUCAUCCCGCUACGGUCCAAGUACCUCAGCCUGCUCUCCCUCAGCCCCAUCAUCCUCAUGUUUCAAGAAGUGCCAUCAAGAUUUUUCCUGGAGACCAUUGCCCAUUUCCCCUUGGUGUUUUGGAUGCAAGGCACUGUGAACAAUUUGGAUGACCUGCUGACAGCCGGGGUGAACAAAGCCAUGCACCUUGUCAUCUCCCACAUGGAGGCUGGGCCUGGCGGCGAGGAAAACUUGCAUGAUGCUGCCACCAUUGUCACCGUACAGAAAAUAUCCAGGUUAUUCCCACAUGUAAACAUCAUCACUGAGGUGAAUGAAGCAUCCAACAUGAGGUUCAUGCACUUCAAGGCCAAGGACUCUUACAUGUUGAAGAUCCGAAAAUUGGAGAAGAGACUGAAGGAGAGAGCAGUGACCAACCUGCCCUACAUGUUCCGGCUGCCGUUUGCUGCUGGCCAGGUGUUUAGUUCUGGCAUGCUGGACAGGUUGUUGUACCAGACGUUUGUGAAAGGCUACCUCAUUAGCUUUGUCCGGCUUUUGCUUGGGAUCGAUGCUGAGAAGAAUUCGGGACAUUUGUCAAGUGUUCGGAUCCGUCGUGCCACUCUGUCCCAGUUCCCAACAUACGGUGAUCUGUACCAAGGCCUGUGCUCCACCACAGGGGAGAUCCCCAUCGCCAUCUUCCGGACGGACAAACAGUCGUCUUCCAGUGAGGGAGAGCUCCCGACAGAAAGUAACGGAAACAACAACAUCAAGCCAGAGAAACUGAGCGGUUUGCGCGACAGUUUGCGACACGGCUUUCACUUACCCCACAGUCACCUACACAGUCAGCGUCAGGGUUUGCGCAGCUCAAGAAUGUCUGUUGGUGCUGGGUUCUUCGAGCGAGACAAACACAGCAACCAACACCUGGAAGAGAUGGUCCAAGCCAGGAUGGAGAGCCUGCAGCUUGCGGAUGACGAUGAGCCUUAUGUUAUCUCAAAACCCCCCAAAGCUCUAUCGUACGUGAUCGUGAACCCAACUCCUAAGAGGAAACUCCGAAAUGGAGACAUGGUGUACGUCAUCCAGCCCAGUUCCAUGCAAGCUGUACCCAACAAACUGAACCGCAGUGGUCGCAGCCCGGCCAAAAGUUUCCGCAGUCGGCAUAUCAGCGUCAACGUAAGCGGUGUUGGGACGAGCAAGUCUUCCUCAACGCCUACGUCAACUCCGUCUCCUAGAGACAAUCCGGCACCAAAGAGCUACGACGAGAAAAGCCAACAACCCUCCCCCGUGGAGCUGCAUGGAAGUUUGGCUGGUUUCCGAGAAGGAUCACCUGCUGCGCCGAAUGGAACGACAGUUGUUGACUUUGAGAAGGAAGACAGUGUGGUAGAGAUGAGGCCUCGCUGUAAAUCAGAGUCCAGUGCAAAGCAAGCCAAUAGUUCCGACUCGAAUGGAGGAAAACCUGUGUUCACAUAACUCUGAUGCAUUUUCACAUUAUAACUCUGAUGCAUUUUCACAUUAUAACUCUGAUGCAUUUUUUAAAAAACAAUUUGUGGAAGGAUUCGAUCUAAACAUAAACUACAAAUUUACCCGAUUCAAGUGGAGGAAAAUUUGUGCUUAUGUGUUACUGAAGCAUUUUAAAGAAAGUAUAAUUCAUGGAAGGAUGAGAUCUAGGAAAAAACUAAUUUGUAUCAGUAAUAGCUUCCAAAUCAUGCUCAUUUGUAUGCUCUGUUUUGAGUGUUACUCAUAGAAAAAAUUGGUAAUGUGUUCAUUUGACAUUGAGUAUUAUGUUGGAUUCCAGGAGGAUUCAGUCUAAACCAAUAGAAAACACUCAUUUUAAUACUUUGUGACAUAUGAAAAGAAGACUCGAUGUUGUGUUCGUAUGGUAUUAUAAUUGAAUAUGCUUUGGAGACAGGAUCUGAGACAAGCAUUGUGUGUGGGUGGUUGGCGGGUGCUCUGGUGGGAUUUGCUUCUUCUUUCCUAUCAAACAUCUAUCGUCUUUAUCUCCCCUCCUUCUUUUUCGUAUUUGUUACUAUCUUGUAACACCUCUAAUCUUCGGCACUUAUUUGACCUAAUUGUGUUGCAAGUGCCGUAAAACACUUACUUAAGCACCAAAAAAAAAUAGGCGUUGUGUUUCCUGAUUCCAUCGCUCAUUUGAAUGUUGUAUGAUAAGAUUCCACCUGAAGAUAAAAAUGUGUUCAAAUGAUUUUUGUAUGUCCUUUCAUUUGUGGUCCUUGAAAGAUCCGGUCUAA